AUGGGACCGACAGUCUAUUACAGAAAAAUUCAACAAUGGAUCAUCUUUCAUUCAUUCUUUCUUUCUUUCUUUCUUUCUUUCUUUCUAAAUCUUAGUCUAUUUUCCAUUCUUCUUUCAUUGUCACGUAUCAAUAUUUUUCUUUCUUUCUUUUUAGUCGAUAAUUUUCUCUUUAAUCUUUUAUUCUCAAGAGACAUUAACUUUUGUUUCUUUCUUUCUUUCUUUCUUUCUUUCUUUCUUUGCUUGUUUGUUUUUUCUUUUUUUUUCUUUGUUCUUUCUUUUUUCUUGCUUGCUUUCUUUCUUUCGUUCUCUAUUCAUUCAUUCAUUCAUUCAUUCUUUCUUUCUUUCUUUUUUAUUUGUGCUUUUAUCGUCUCCUCUAUCUACCAUUUCUUUCUUUCUUUCUUUCUUUCUUUCUUUCUUUCUUUCUUUCUUUAUUUCUUUCUAUUUGUCGAUUUAUCUCUUAUUUCUGUCUUUCUAUUUGUCUUUCUUUCUUUCGUUCUUUCUUUCGUUCUUUCUAUUUGUCUUUCUUUCUUUCUUUCUUUCGAUUCCAUGACUUUCUCUAAAUUCAAACAACGUCUAUACCUUUUUUUCUGUAAUAGCAUAAAAGUGUUAUUGCCUCCUCCCUUUCUUUCCUUCCUUCUUUCUUUCUUUCUUUCUUUCUUUCUUUCUUUCUUUCUUUCUUUCUUUCUUUCUUUCUUUGCGUAUCAUUUUCCUCUUUUUCUUUUAUUUCUUACCAGCCAUUUUUUUUACCUUCUUACAUUCUUUCUUUCUUAUUUCCUUUCUUUCUCCCUUCAUAAUUCAUCAUUUUCUCUUUUCAAAUUUAUCCACAUAAAUCAUUUUUCGUUUUUCUUAAUUUCAUUCUUUCUUUCUUUCUUUCUUUCUUUCUUUCUUUCUUUCUUUCUUUCUUUCUUUCUUCUCAUUUCAUCAUUUUUUCUUUUCUACUCACGAGUCAUUUUUCUUUCUUUCUUUCUUUGGAUCGCUACAUCUCUUCCAUAUUUAUUUCUUUUAACUGCAGCACAUUGCUUUUUCUUCUUUCUUUCUUUCUUUCUUUCUUUCUUUCUUUCUUUCUUUCUUUCUUUCUUUCUUUCUUUCUCAUUUUCUCCUUUUAUUCCUAGGAAACCUUUUUCUUUCUUACUUAAAUUCUCACUCUCUCUCUCUUUCUUUCUUUCUUUUUCUUUUAUUCUCACGAAUAAUUUUAAUUCUCUAUUUCUUCUCAAUCAUUUUUCAUUCAUUCUUUCUUUGUUUCUUCUCAGUUCAUUUUUAUUUUUAUUCUCACGUAUCAUUUUUCUUUCUUUCUUACAUUAUUUUCUUCUUUCUUUCUUUCUUUCAUAUUUCAUCAUUUUCUUUUUUUUUCUUUUAUUCUCUCGGAUCACUUUUCUUUUACCUAAUUUCUUUCUUUCUUUCAUUCUUCUUAGUUCAUCAAUUUCACUUUUUCUUUCAUUCUCACGAACAUUUUUCUUUCAUUCUUAUUUUCUUUCUUUUUUCUUAGUUCAUCAUUUUAUUACCAGCAAUUUAUUUUUGUUUCUUUUGUUUUAUUCUUUCUUUCUUCUUAGUUCCUCGUUUUCGUCUUUCUUUUAUUUUCAUCAGUCAUUCUUUCUUUCUUUCUUUCUUUCUUUCUUUCUUUCUUUCUUUCUUUCUUUCUUUCUUCUAAGUUCCUUAUUGACUCUUUUUUAUUCUCACGAAUUAUUUUUCUUUCUUUCUUACUUUCAUUCUUUCUUUCUCUCAUGA